CGGCACGUGGUGGGUACAGCUGGAGAUAUAUACUCAAGCCGCGAACGAUGAUCAAGCAAGUGACCUUCAGCACCGCGACGACGUUCCUCUUUGAUUUGGACUACAACGGGUCGGCGGUUCCCCAUGAGAGCGGACCGCCCAUUGGCCUGGCGCCGCGCCACUGUGCCAUGACGAUCGAGCCUGUGCCCGACGCGGCCAGAUGCUGCAUGCGACGAAGCCGCCUGCGCCGCUUCGACCACUUGGAGCGCAUUGCGAUGCUCCGAAGCCUCUACGACGCGCGGACCCUCGCCCUCUUUUGCAGCGAGGCCAUCGAUUUGCGCAAGUCGCGCGUCGGAACCGAGGAUGACAUUGUGCGCAUCACGCCCCGUCCGAGCCGAAAGCGCCAUUUCGAACCCGAGGUCCCAGUCGACACCAAGCGCAUGCGCAUGUGGGAAAUGGAGUAUGACGACGACGAUGACGAGGAGGGCGAUGACGACGAGGAUAAGGACGAAUCGGAGAUCGACGAUGACGAGCGAUGA